AUGUCCCUGAAGCCUCGGGUGGUGGAUUUUGACGAGACAUGGAACAAGUUGCUAUCAACAAUCAAAGCUGUUGUGAUGCUCGACUAUGUGGAAAGAGCCACGUGGAAUGACCGUUUCUCUGAUAUAUAUGCCUUGUGUGUUGCAUACCCUGAGCCCUUAGGUGAGAGAUUAUACACUGAAACAAAGGUGUUUUUAGAGAAUCAUGUUCGGAAUUUGUACAAGAAAGUCUUGGAGUCGGAAGAGAAGGUUUUAGUCAUGUACCACAGAUACUGGGAAGAAUACAGUAAAGGGGCUGACUACAUGGACUGUUUGUACAGGUAUCUCAACACACAGUUUAUUAAGAAAAAUAAACUGACGGAGGCAGACUUACAGUACGGCUACGGGGGAGUGGACAUGAACGAGCCACUAAUGGAGAUUGGAGAGUUGGCGCUUGAUAUGUGGAGGAAGCUCAUGAUUGAGCCUCUUCAAGCCAUUCUUAUCCGGAUGUUGCUGAAUGAAAUAAAAAAUGACCGUUGUGGUGAGAACCCCAACCAGAAAGUGAUCCACGGGGUCAUUAACUCCUUCGUUCACGUGGAGCAGUACAAGAAGAAGUUUCCACUAAAGUUUUAUCAGGAUCUCUUUGAAGCAGAGUUUGUGACCAAAACAGGAGAGUAUUAUAAACAGGAAGCUUCAAAUUUACUUCAAGAAUCCAACUGUUCACAGUAUAUGGAGAAGGUUUUGGGGCGGUUAAAAGAUGAAGAGAUGCGAUGUCGGAAAUACCUUCAUCCUAGCUCCUAUGCCAAAGUUAUCAAUGAAUGCCAGCAGAGGAUGGUGGCAGACCAUUUGCAGUUCCUCCACGCAGAGUGCCAGAACAUCAUUCGGCAGGAAAAGCGAGACGACAUGGCCAACAUGUACACACUAUUGCGAGCUGUGUCCAACGGUUUGCCUCACAUGAUCCAGGAGUUGCAGGCCCACAUCAACAAUGAGGGCAUUCGUAGCACCAGUAACCUUUCUUUGGAAAACAUGCCUACCCUAUUUGUGGAAUCUGUGCUGGAAGUUCAUAGUAAAUUUGUUCAGCUCAUUAACACAGUUCUGAAUGGAGACCAACAUUUCAUGAGUGCGCUCGAUAAGGCCUUGACAUCUGUGGUAAACUUCAGAGAACCCAAGUCUAUCUGUAAAGCCCCAGAGCUGCUGGCCAAGUACUGUGACAAUCUGCUAAAGAAGUCUGCAAAGGGAAUGACAGAGAAUGAAGUGGAAGACAAGCUGACCAGCUUUAUCACCGUUUUUAAAUACAUAGAUGACAAAGAUAUCUUUCAAAAGUUUUAUGCCAGAAUGCUAGCAAAGCGAUUAAUACACGGUUUAUCGUUGUCAAUGGACUCAGAAGAAGCCAUGAUUAACAAACUAAAGCAAGCAUGUGGCUAUGAGUUCACGAGCAAACUUCAUAGAAUGUACACAGACAUGAGUGUAAGCGCUGACCUCAACAACAAGUUCAACAAUUUCAUCAAGACAGGGGAGACUGUAGUGGACCUUGGUAUCAGCUUCCAGAUAUAUGUACUACAGGCUGGAGCAUGGCCACUCACGCACAUCCCCUCUUCCACAUUCGCCAUCCCACAAGAGCUAGAGAAGAGUGUCCAGAUGUUUGAGUUGUUCUAUAAUCAGCACUUCAGUGGAAGGAAAUUGACCUGGCUACACUACCUCUGCACAGGUGAAGUGAAGCUGAUCUACCUUUCGAAGCCCUACGUCGCAAUGGUCACCACCUAUCAGAUGGCUGUGCUUCUCACAUUCAAUAACAGCCAGACGGUGACAUACAAAGAAUUGCAGGAUGGUACGCAGAUGAACGAGAAAGAGCUACAGAAGACCAUCAAGUCUCUGUUGGAUGUAAAGAUGCUUAACCACAACUCAGAAAAGGAGGAGAUUGAUAUUGAGUCCACGUUUUCUCUGAAUAUGUCUUUCGUAAGUAAAAGAACAAAAUUCAAGAUCACGACUGCAAUUCAGAAGGAUACACCACAGGAGAUGGAACAGACGAGGAGUGCUGUUGAUGAGGACCGCAAAAUGUAUUUACAAGCUGCUAUAGUUAGAAUAAUGAAGGCCCGCAAGGUGCUCAGACAUAAUGCUCUCAUACAGGAGGUCAUCAAUCAGUCCAAAGCCAGGUUCAACCCCAGUAUCAGUAUGAUCAAGAAGUGCAUAGAAGUGCUCAUCGACAAGCAGUACAUCGAGCGAAGCCAAACCUCUUCUGAUGAGUACAGCUAUAUCGCCUAG